AUGGACAGUGACAGCUCUCUGUGCUGGGAGAAUAUCCCGUUCAGCAGCCUGACCGUAUGCGAGACCAUCGGCGGGGGUGGAGUCGCGCUGGUGCACCGUGGAAUCUACCGGAAGCAGUCGGUCGCAUUGAAAACUCUGUUUGACCCUCGCGUGGAUGAGGCGCUCAAACAGGAAUUCAUGGACGAGCUGCUUGUCAUGAGCAUACUGAGGCACCCCAACGUGGUCACUUUGAUCGGAGCGUGCUUGGAGCCUCCGAAUCUGUGUAUGGUCAUGGAGCUCUGCGACUACUCCCUGCACCACUUACUGCACGGGACGAACACUUACUUGAGCCCGCAGCAGUUGACGCGAAUCGCGGGAGAUGUUGCAAACGGGAUGCGCUUCCUUCACUCCCGGAAGCCAGCAGUGAUUCACCGCGACCUGAAGAGUGCCAACGUGCUGCUUGACGCGAAAGGCGUCGCGAAGCUCUGCGAUUUUGGUCUCGUCCGCACCAAGUUUACAACGGCAGGGACUCCCAGUUACAUGCCACCGGAGCUGCUCAGCGGCCAGCCGUUCUCCAAAUCCGUGGACGUCUUUAUGUUUGGCAUUCUCCUCUGGGAGAUUUUCAGCCGAGACAUUCCAUUUCGAGGAUAUGAUGUCUCGGACAUCAAGUGGCGGGUUCUAGGAGGCGAGCGGUUCCGUGUUCCCACUGUCGAUUGCCCACGCGAGUGCCAGGAAUUAAUGAAACAAUGCUGGGACGGCGAACCGAGUUCUCGCCCGACGUUCGAGGAAGUGUGCGAAACCUUACAGAGCGUCACUUUUGCCAGGUCGUUUGAGGCCUCUCAGAACGUCUUCGAAGGCGACGCGCUCGAUUGUUUGCUCAACGGGAAGUAG